AUGAUCUCCACCAGGGACGAGGGUUCUGCCUUGUCCGGGGAAUCAAGCCGGAGGACUACUGCGUCGAAGAUCUCACACUUGUGCAUCUUGGCAUUCAGGCCCACAUUGCCGAGCAGCGAGGCCGCCAGGACAGUCGGGGAAAUAUGCUUGACCUUCCACAACGAGGAGAGCGGCGAUAUUGUUGGGUGGCUUACACGCAACACCGCUUCUCAGGGCGGACGGUGCAUUAUUGCUUCUGCCUACACCGUCUACAAUGUUCUUGCGGUCAACCAGCCACAUCUUGUCCGUCUUCUUGCCCGGUCCGAUUGGCCUUUUGCCUUGACAGCCCUUCUGGGUAAUGCGAUCCAUCCCCGGCCAGAAAACCUGCCCAGCAUCACAGCGCAGCAGCUGGAGGCUCUCGAUGCAGUUGAGGCCAUUGCCAAAGCCACGCAGCUUGAGAUCCAGACUCAGGCUGGUGACAUGCAUUUUAUCAACAACCUUGCCAUUCUCCAUAGGCGUGAAGGCUUCGUGGAUGGAGCAACAGCAGUGGAGAAGCGACACCUUGUUCGCAUGAGGCUCCGCAGCCCACAGCUAGGAUGGAAGAUUCCGCGGGAACUGGAAGACGAAUGGGAACGCGCGUUUGGAUCAAAGGGAAGCAGGGUGUGGUACCUUGAGCCAAUGCCGGAUGCAUAUUUCCCGCUCCGAAAAUACCCAAACUAA